CCCCGCGCGGCGGCCGCGGCGGCGCCGGGCGGCUGGGCGUCCUUCCCGGAGAUCGUGGAGCUGAACGUGGGCGGGCAGGUGUACGUGACGCGGCGCUGCACCGUGGUCUCGGUGCGCGACUCGCUGCUCUGGCGCAUGUUCUCGCAGCAGCAGCCCAGCGAACUGCCCCGGGACAGCAAGGGCCGCUUCUUCCUCGACCGCGACGGCUUUCUCUUCCGCUACAUCCUGGACUACUUGCGGGACCUGCAGCUGGUGCUGCCCGAGCACUUCCCCGAGCGCAGCCGCCUGCAGCGGGAGGCUGAGUACUUCCAGCUGCCCGACCUGGCGCGGCGCCUGGCGCAUCGCCCGCAGGCUGACGCCAAGUUCCGGCGGGUGGCCCGCAUCACUGUCUGCGGCAAGACGGCCCUGGCCAAAGAGGUCUUCGGGGAGACCCUGAACGAGAGCCGCGACCCCGACCGCCCUCCCGAGCGCUACACCGCCCGCUACUACCUCAAGUUCAACUUCCUCGAGCAAGCCUUCGACCGGCUCUCCGAGGCCGGCUUCCGCAUGGCCGCCUGCUCCUCCACCGGCACCUGCGCCUUCGGCCCCGAGCAGGGCGGGCCUGCCGACGACAAGAUCUGGACCAGCUACACCGAGUAUGUUUUCUGCCGGGACUGAGCAUCCCGCGGCGUGGGGACAAGACAGCCGGCCCUGCCCACCCUCGCACCCGCGGCCCCGUCGCAUCCCGGAGGAAGGAGGACGCGGAGCGGGGCUGCGUCUCCCCGUGCUUUCCUCGGCCCGGUGUCUGCCCCCACGCACAAGGCGGGCCGGCCCCGGCGCAGCCCCCGUCCCCUCCUGGCGGCCCCGGGGGCAGCAGGUCGCUGUGUUGUGCCUCGGCUGUCGUGUCCCUGCUCGGCCACCACGUCCCUGAUCAGCCGCCAUAGCCUGGCUCCCACCCUCACCCUCCCUCCUACAUCUCCCAGUAGCUGUGUUGGUAGCAAGGAAGGAGAGAAAUGUUGGGAGUAGACAAAUGCCGGUCCCACAAAAGCAUGCAUGCAGUCUUUGUCCCUCUCCCCGCACAGAGCUGAGAUAUAGCUCUGUCAGGUUGGGGCGUUUUAAAAAUCAUCCACUUAGGGGCUGAGAAACUGUAAAGUUGCUUUGAGCAACUUCUGUUGAAGAUGGCAUGGCGAAUGGCUGUCUUUCCCCAUCCCAGUACCCUUGUGAGGGAGUUUGCCUUGGUGGCAGACCCCAAAUGGUCCAUUUUUAACUCCUCUCUCCCCACCCGUCAAAGUGAUGUCUGUCUGUAAAGGACUGUCACAUAAAAGGGAAGCCUGACUGCCCGGGGUUUGCACUGGCUCAUACUUUAUCUGUUGAGAUGAGUAAUUUUGCAGGAGGCAUGCAUUCACAACUGGUUACUCCCAUCUCCCCUCUUUGCUACCCGUGUCUCUGAACUCUAAGCUGGACCAGGGCCUGCACAGCGAGCAUGUAAGGCUGAAAGGACAGAUUUGCUGGAUAACCAACUAUUUGAACUAUGAAGUGUCCUCAGAGACAUGUGUUUAUUCCCUUGAGAGGUAAAACGUCACUUUGAAAAAUUAAAGUGCUUGUGAAUUGUGACUUCCAUGGGUGGUCUGAAGUCCUUAUAAUUCUAAUGAAGUUACUGUCUAUAAUAUGGACAGAGAUCUCAAUGCAUAUUUCCUUAAGCACCCUCAAAAUGAUGGGAGCAAGGUGAAGCCAGGCUUGCCUGAGUAAAGGUAGGGCCUGGGUCCUGGGAAGCUGAAAUCAUGUACAUUGAAUUAGUGCAGAUGUGCAUUAUAAAUGUAAUCAAGGGCACCCUUGUUACUUUUUGUCAUGUUAGUGCUGUAAGACUCUGAAGCCAACAGUUGACAAAAAUCACUUUUUAAAGAACCAUUUCUUUAGUUUUCAUAGCAGUAUUAUUUGGGCACUGACACUGCUAAGAGUUUUGUACCUCUUCCUAGACGAACUUAGUGCUUCUUAGAAAAGAUUGAGCCAUGUCCUUAGAAAAACAAGAAUGAUGCCAACUUUUUUCAGGGGAAAUUACCUCUUCUGAGCUGUAUUUUGUUACUGCUGAAUAACAGUCUUUUCCAGAGGAGGCAGUCGGAGUCUGCUUUGGAACAGAUAAUCUGAGCUGCAGGUUUUACAGUAGGGGAGAUUGAGCAGCUCUUUCUAAUAAAUUCUCAAAGUCUGGAGUAUAAAAGCACUUUGCUUUAAAAACCUAAACUUGGUUUAAGAAUGUGUAUAGCCUGUUCAGACCAUCACAGAAAAAUAUCCUAAAUGUAUCUGAAGUGUUGAAGAAUUUAGCAGUACAUAUUAAAGGCUUGGAGUUAUGUUUUUAAAACUCUUGAACAAUAAUUCUAGUUCUAGUUCUAACUCCAAAUUUAGAAAUACUGCUAACACCUGUGUUCUAACCAAAGAAUUUCACAGUUCCUUUGGAAACAGCUAUAGCUACAUUUCUAUCGAGUUUCAGUGCUCAGUCUCUGUUCACUUAGUCUUGCAUUAAGUGCAUGCACAACUACAUGAAACUGAAAAUAAUUUACAUCAUCAUAGCUUCUUUUUUUUUUUAAAUGUUAGCAAGAUUGUUUAUCAACGUGAUUAAAUUGAGGAUGUGAUUAAAUAUGAAAGCACUGGAUACUGUCCAUUUGUAGAUAGGUGUGCUACAGAGUGUUUUUAAAAGGAUAGAAAUGUAAACCUGCCAAAUUAGAUGAGCAAUAAGAUACAGUGAGCGGCCAAUACACCUGAGGAUGGAACGAAGUCUGUUUGUCCUAUGCCUUACUCUGAGAUGACUUCUUUGUGCUUAACUUUCACCACAAGUGAAAAGACAUUGAUCACAGAUACUAGGUCUUUACAGUGCCCUUCUCAAGAGUAACGACUGUCUUUUUCUAGUUUCUGUUAAGUAACUCUGAAGUACGUUUUUUAAGAUUUUGUAUAAAAUCAGUUUUCAGUAAAGUGUUCAAAUUUGCUCUAGAUAGCGUUCUUUUUUUAAGAAUCUGGUAGCUUACUGAAUCCAUCAUAGGAGCUAUGAAUAGGGGCAGUUUUAAAUUGACCUUGUGAUUUAGUGUACAUAUAUAUACAGUAUGUAAACAUUUUACACGAAUCAUUUAGUUUUUUAAUCAUUUUAGUGCUACAGGAUUUCAUAAUGUAUCUAGCUGAGCAUUUUCACAUUAUGUUAUGUACAUAAUAUGGUAAUGUUUUACUGGUUUCUUAUACCUGUUUCUAUGGAAAAACUGAAUAUGAGUAUCAUCAGCUUGUUGAACUGAAAUUGAUGACAUACUUGCUUGAAUGUGAAUCUUCCAGGUGGCUGAAUGCAUCUCUAAAACAAAGAUUUCCUGUCUUUUCAUUAAUGGUUGCCUAUUCCUUUCCUGGCAGACCCAGUAAUUCUCAUUUUUAAUGUAAAAAUGCUUGUAAUAUAAACAGGAUUUUUUUUUAGUCUUCAUGCUAAGAACUUUUAAGCGUUAAUAGUGUUAAGAAAUGGGCCUUUAAUUUUCUGAUAACUUAUUAUCAGUAUUGUCAGCAGGCUUAAAAUGAUGGUGCCAUAAAUAUAAUAGUCAUUUGAUGCUUUGCCACACAAGAUGAUAUUUUUCUGAGCCAUUACUUAGUAAUAGCAGUAAACUUUUUAAAAGGAAAAAGGCUCAAGGCAAAUUCAAUGAGUUUUGCUGAUCUGUUCUAUUGAGAGUUCAAAGAAUGGAUAAACACAAUGACUGCUGACUUGUUCACGUGAAAGCAUACAAAAAUAUAAAGGCACAAUACUGGAUUCCUGUAUACAUUUUGUAGCUGUUGCUGUUCACAGUUCAUGUACUUAUGGAUGAAUGCAGUAGCAUUUACAAGUGCUAUUAAAAAAACCCACAAGGGCAGUCUUUCUUUUAAUUAGAAAUUAAGGCAUAGGUCUUUUCAGUGAUGCAUAUCAUGAAAGGUGAUUUUGCGUAUGUUUGAUAGGAUGUUUAUAUUUUUAUACAUGUAGAUAAUGAGCCACUUAUUCAUUCUUAUUUUCACAUGUAUAGCAUUGAAAAUAAAGAUCCUCCUAGGAAAAAGUUGCAUACCAAAUUAAAUUUUUGUUCUUUAAAUAUUAACUCGGUUGUGUGGUUUAUGCUGUCCUUUUAAUUCUCUGUGCAGACGUUGCUAGCUUUGCUCUCCCACAGUAUCAUAUUUGUAACUUCAGCAAAGAUCCAAACUAAUGUGUAAAGCAGAAAUGCAAAGAAAAUUAUGUAUACAGAGACCUCUAGUAACACCUGUGGCAAGAUAAACAGAAAUGUAUAAUACUCAGACUGCAUAAUUUCCUUUUAAGCAUUGUAGAGAGUUUUUGUAGUACUGGAAGAAAUAGUGAUUGUAAAGUUUAAUUUGAAUGGCACUGAGCAAUUGUUGAAGUCAAAUGUUGAUUUUAUAGUGAUAAUAAUGUAAGAUACAGUGCUCAUUCAAUGAAAGAAACAUUAAUACUUAAGGCUAUACAUGAUCUGAGAGAAUUGCAUCUAGAAAUUUUUAUUAGCUACCCUGUGAUACCUAGAAAACUCUUCUAAACCUGUGGUCAGCUUCUAGCAAAAUUAGUAGUGACUUGUUAGUAUAAUCCACGUGUGAAGUACCUGUACAUUUAGUAGUUCAUUCUUGGGUAUCAUGGAUAUACUACAAAGGAACCGGCAGAAGGAAGUUUAAUCAGCUGCUUAAUUGACAACUUGAUAGUAUUUGAGUGCGUUGUUAUCAUGCAGUAAUAUAAGAAAGGAGGUCAUUCUAUGAGCAACAAAACUUUGAGUCUGCCUUCUGAAGGCUUAGGUCUCAUUUUCUUUUUACUACCCCUUCUGCUCAUCCCUGCUGGUUUUAUUCAAUUUCUACUUGAAAAAGGAGGCACAUGCCUUGACAAAGCCACCUUCUGCUAGGCUGAAGGUUAUGGCUGAAUUUUGGCUUUGUCCCUCUGUGAACUACAUAUUUUCUUCUUCCUUUCCUUUACCCAGCCAUCAGUAUUCAUAGAAUUUGUAAGAACAUAACAGCUGUGAGGUUUUCCAGUUCUUUUGAUUGUGUUUAAAUUACCCAUCAGCUCAGAAGUUAAGGGGUACAGACAUCCACCCAAAUGGAUAAUGCGAGUGCCAUGUGCCUUAUUUCAGCAGGAAACGAGGCUAACAGAAUACUGUGAUUUAUACCUGGCAAUGUCUAUAUACUCUGAGUGUACUAAAUAGAAUGAGAAGGCAGGCAGUCACUCUUACUUUUGCAGCUCUCUGGCCGGUCAGUCAAACUAAUGGGUAUGCUAGAAUGUCUUAAAAAUUUUUGCAAACUCUUAAUCUCUCCAGCAUUUCCAAGGGUGAAUCAAAGUCUGAGGGAAGAUAUUUUCUGAAGAAUUGAUUUGUCUCAGGGCAGGGUUGUUUUAUGGUUUUGUUUUGUUUUGUUUUGUUUUUUUUAGGAAAUCUUCGGUAUAGUUUUCGAUGAAAUAUUAGAGCUAAUGUGUUAUUUAUUUGGAAAGUACUUAGUUUUAUGAAACCGAAUGCUAAUUUUGUUUUUCAUUAAAAUGAACUGCAUGUGU